AAACACAACAGUUCGAAUGAAGUAUCAAAUCACAUUCAUUCUUCUUCGCAACAAAUAGUGCAACCUAUAUUAAAAGUGUUGAUAAAAAUGAAGUUUCUGAUUCUCUUUGUUUCCAUUUUUGUCGCUGUUUGUUCAGCUGGAAAUUUAUAUGCGACGGAUCUAUCAUCAUUGCAAUCAAUUUUUGCAUUGCGGUCGGACACUGCGAACACGAAACCAAAUGAUUACCCAUCGUUCACGACGUCCGUGCAAACACCAAUUUCAGCUUCUUUUUUGCCACAAAAUGAUGAAUCUAGUGCCAAGUUGAAUCAACAUUGGCACGAUGAACAAAUCGGUACAUAUUUACAUGCACUACCCCAAGUUUUAACACAGCAGUGGGUAAAUCAACACAUACUGCCUGAAGUUUCAACACAACAGUGGACAAAUCAAAACGUAUUACCUCAAAUUUCGACACAACAAUGGACAAAUCAACACCUAUUACCUCAAGCUUCAACUCAACAGUGGUCAAAUCAACAUUUAUUUCCUCAAGUUUCAACACAGCAGUGGGUAAAUCAACACGUGCUGCCUGAAGUUUCAACGCAACAGUGGACAAAUCAAAAUUUAUUACCCCAAGUUUCAACACAGCAAUGGACAAAUCAACAAUUAUCUUCAGCGCACAAUCCUUCGGGUAUUUCUUCUACGCCUCAAUAUAGUGAUAUUAAUUCAAAAUAUCAAGGUUGGCCGAGCGAAAGCAUAUAUACACCGUUAGUUUCAUUAGCGCAUACGUCAAUAACAUCUACUCCUGUAUUACACCAUCACCAUCAUCAUGAAGAUGUCAAUGCCAAAUAUUCGCAUCACUGGCCAACUGAACAAUUGCACAUGCCUGUAACUUCUUUGGCGCCGGCAUCACCCACCACCAUUCUAACACAACCGGUUGCCGUUGAAAAACAAGUUCCUGUUAUUGUACCAGUUCCAGUUGAUCGAGUCCAUGAGGUUGUUAAACAUGUUCCCGUUUAUUUGCACAAAAAAGAACCCGAAAGUUAUUGGAAAUCGUCACCAAGUACACAUUUUGAAGUCAAACGGCAUACAACUCGCCUUAAUCCAGUCUCGAAUCUCGGUGGAGUUUAUAUUAGAAAAAGAGCACAAUUUCAAAUCUAAAAUUCAUCGUUCGAAAAUGAAACCAAAACAAACAAACAUCGCACUGUGAAUCAUUGUUUUAACCGGAAAAUGAAUAAUUUAUAAUCUAUUUAUACAUAAUAUUAUUUUGGAAAAUGUCCGAAUUUACAUUUUUGCCACCUUUUUGGUGAAUAAAAUUUUAAGUCAAUAUUCAAGUUCAUUAACGUCAAUAUAUGCCUAUAAACAAAGAUAUAUCUUGUUCAAUCGAAGAUAAUUAUGCAGUCUUGAUUUAUGUUGUGCAGAAAUUGAAUAUCAUAUCAAAUAAAAACAAAUAAAUGAUGGAAGCCAUUACACCUCAUUUUGAAUUAUGUU